GGGAGGGAGAGAAAAGGAGACAAGGAAGGGAGCCGGCGGGCGCUGUGUGUGUGAGACUCUGCGUGUGAGUGUGAGUGCGGGCCUUGCCUCUCCUGGUGGCCUCGCAGAGGAGCCCAGGAGCCAGGGAGCCUGGGGAGGGAGGGCGGACUGCUCGGAGGCAGAGGCUGCUGGAGGCGGCGGCGGGAGAGCCGAGGAGGAGGAGAGAGGAAAGAGCGGAGCAGCCAUUGUUGAGGGAAACCUUGCAAACAAAGAAGACUCCGGACUCCCCGCGGCCCCCCGCCCCCCCGGCCAGCCCCCCGGCCCUCAGCCCCCGGCCCAGUGGCCAUUGUAACUUUCCCCCGGGGCUGUGGCCGCCGAGGGGCGGGCCGCGGCAGUGUGUGCGAGUCUUUGUGCGGCCGGUGGAGUGGAGCUCCCAGCCAGGCCUGCCUGUCCCACUCGGGACAUGAGCGGCUGAAGUUGGGCCCUCCCAAGUCCUCGUCCUUGCCAGGGCCCCUCUGGCCUAUCAGUGCGCCCCGCACCUCUCGGGGCCCCCUCAGUUCUCUCAGGUUGUUCCUCAAAGUCAUUCAAGCUGUACUCGCCGAAGGAGCCCCCGAACGGCAACGCCUUCCCCCCCUUCCAUCCUGGCACCAUGCUGGAUCGGGAUGUGGGCCCAACUCCCAUGUACCCACCUACGUACCUGGAGCCUGGGAUUGGGAGGCAUACGCCUUAUGGCAACCAAACUGACUAUAGAAUAUUUGAGCUUAACAAACGGCUUCAGAACUGGACAGAGGAGUGUGACAAUCUCUGGUGGGAUGCUUUCACGACUGAAUUCUUUGAGGAUGAUGCCAUGUUAACCAUCACUUUCUGCUUGGAGGAUGGACCAAAGAGAUAUACCAUUGGCCGGACCCUGAUCCCACGCUACUUCCGCAGCAUCUUUGAGGGGGGUGCCACAGAGCUGUACUAUGUGCUUAAGCACCCCAAGGAGGCAUUCCACAGCAACUUUGUAUCCCUCGACUGUGACCAGGGCAGCAUGGUGACCCAGCACGGAAAACCCAUGUUCACCCAGGUGUGUGUCGAGGGCCGGUUGUACCUGGAAUUCAUGUUUGAUGACAUGAUGCGGAUAAAGACGUGGCACUUCAGCAUCCGGCAACACCGAGAGCUCAUCCCUCGUAGCAUCCUUGCCAUGCAUGCCCAGGACCCCCAGAUGCUGGAUCAGCUCUCCAAAAACAUCACCCGGUGUGGGCUGUCCAAUUCCACUCUUAACUACCUCCGACUCUGUGUGAUACUUGAGCCCAUGCAGGAGCUCAUGUCCCGCCACAAGACCUACAGCCUCAGCCCCCGCGACUGCCUCAAGACCUGCCUUUUCCAGAAGUGGCAGCGCAUGGUAGCACCCCCAGCGGAGCCCGCACGGCAACAGCCUAGCAAAAGGCGGAAACGGAAGAUGUCAGGGGGAAGCACCAUGAGUUCAGGGGGUGGCAACACCAACAACAGUAACAGCAAGAAGAAGAGCCCAGCCAGCACCUUCGCCCUCUCCAGCCAGGUACCUGAUGUGAUGGUGGUGGGGGAGCCCACCCUGAUGGGCGGGGAGUUCGGGGACGAGGACGAGAGGCUCAUCACCCGGCUGGAGAACACCCAGUUCGAUGCGGCCAACGGCAUUGACGACGAGGACAGCUUUAACAACUCCCCUGCACUGGGCGCCAACAGCCCCUGGAACAGCAAGCCUCCUUCCAGCCAGGAAAGCAAAUCGGAGAACCCCACAUCACAGGCCUCCCAGUAAAGGCCCUGCCAUGGCCACCCAGCAUUCUGCCUGCCUGCCCUAUCCCCUGAAGCCCCAGGGAGCAAAAGACAGAAUGAAGAAACUGAGCAUCUAAAAUGGGCAGCUUCCAUUCACCCACUUCAGGGAGGAACGGGACUCACUAGGGGCAGGUGCCAAGAUGUGUUUCCCAGUGGCCCUGGACUGGGCCUGCCCUCUGCAGAGCCUUUUUGGGGAAGGGGGAACUCUUGUGGAUGUCCACGUAGAUCCUGACCUCCAGAAAAAAAUAAAUGUCCUGAUCACCCCCUGGGGCAUUUGCCUCCACCCUCACUGGGUUCCCCAUCCCCUUGACUUCACUUGCUUCAAGCUGAGGGUGGGAUUGUAUACAACAACAGCCUUUAGGGACUUAAAAAUUUCAGGGCUUGGCUGAAUGCCCCUACCCCUCCUUCCAGGUGGCUGGUAGAAGGGUAAAGCUCUGGACUCCUCCUCCCUUCUGCUACCUAUCCUAGCUCUGAGUUUUUAAAAAAAAAAAAAAAAAAGUAAUAUUAAAAAUGUAAGUU